GUUGUCCAGGCCCUGCACAAGUGCUUCCUCUACGACACCAUCGCCUUCACCAACAAGGAACGCUUCGAGGCACUUCACCCGCCCCUCGUUGCCCUCCUCGACGACCUCUCGUGUGGCAAGGAGCGCUACCAGACUCGCAUCGACCUCUAUCUCAAGCCAGCUGUCAUCCAGCUCGCCGUUGCCGUGCAGGCAGGGACGGGAAGCGACCUGCUCUGGAAGCCUCUCAACCAUCAGCUUCUCCUCCGCACUCGCAACGACUCUGCCAUGGUCCGCUUCGCCGCCCUCCAGGUGGUCACAGGAGUCGUUCAGCGUCUCGGGGAGGAGUACCUGUCGCUCGUGCCCGAGAUGCUCCCCUUCAUCGUCGAGGUGCUCGAGGACAUGGACGAGCAAGUCGAGACCUGCGGGCGGCAGCUGGUUGCGCUGCUGGAGACUCACCUUGGGGAGAGUCUCAACGAGUAUUUG